AGCGCCAAAAAAAAUCAAAAUUGUUUAUAAAUUUCUUUCAUUGAUUGUUUUAUAAAUAUUUUGUUGUUACUAAGAAAAUAUGGAUAAAAGAAAGCUUUCCACACCUACGAAAAUAUGUCGAUAUAAUUCUAUGUGCUUUCGAUUGAAUCCACUUCAUUUUGAUGAAUUUCGACAUCCCCAUUUGGAAGCAAUUAUUGAGAAAGGAAUUAGCUCCAUCACUGGAGAAUACGAUAUCCCAGAUGAUUGUCAAAAGGAUAAAGUUAUUGAUCAAUUGGAAAUCCUAAAAUCUAAGCUAGGAAAUAUUCGUCAACCUCCAGAGAAAAUGGCAAAGAAUUCAAAAUCUCCUGAUUUUGCCAUAUCAAAGAAGACGACAAAUGUGGUUUCAAUUGAACCCCCAAAAAAUCAACAUCAAAAUUCAAGUUCUUCACAAUGUGUUCCAUCAACAUCAUCAAGUCUUCAAAACAAGCUUGAUUCUACUGAUUAUUUUAAAGAAAGAGCAGCAAUAUUUAAAAGUAAGGAUUCUGAAGAGAUGAAAGCAACGACACCUACAAUAGGUGUAAAAAUUGAUCAAAACGAUGAAAGACUGGAAGCUGCAAUUCGUCAAUAUCUUCCUGUCGUACUCCCGAAAGGUCAAAUGGCAGAUAAGCUUAAGAAAGCAUCUCCUUAUAAUAUGUUUUUAACAACAGUUUCUGCUGCGCCUGAAACUCACUCAGAGGCACUGUCAGUGACUUUCCAAGAAUUGUUAGAUCCGUCUCUUGGUGAACUUGAAUGCUCAGUGCAAUUCAAUUUUAUGGUUGACAUUGGAUGGUUGCUUGCUCAAUACAUUUUUGCAAAAUGCAGUAGUCAACCACUUCUGAUAUUAUAUGGUGAAGAAGAACAAACAUUGAGGGAUAUCAAUAAGAAGCGAUCAAAUGUCACAUCAAUUAAAGUUAACAUACCAACACCUAUCGGUGUUCAUCACACAAAAAUGAUGUUGCUAUUUUAUAAAGACAAAUCAAUGCGUGUCGUUGUAUCAACAGCUAAUUUGUAUGAAGAUGACUGGAAUAAUCGCACACAAGGAUUGUGGAUUAGUGAAAGACUUCCGGCAUUAGAUGAAGAUGUAUCAUAUACAUCUCAUGGUGAAAGUGUCACAAAAUUUCGUGAAGAUUUGACGCGAUAUUUAGUUUGUUACAAUAUCCCGAAGCUUCAACCGUUCAUAGCGAAAAUACGAAAGACUGACUUUAGUUCAGUAAAUGUGUUCUUUGUAUCUUCAGUUCCUGGCACACAUCGCGAUUCGGGAAAAGGCAUUCAUUUUGGUCAUUUGAGAUUAGCAUCAUUAUUGAGUGAAUAUAGUGCCCCUGUCGACGAUUCGAAUCCUAUUAUUCUACAAGCUUCGUCAAUUGGAAGUCUUGGAACCUCAGUAGCAGCUUAUCUUGGUGGGGAAAUUGCUUCGUCAUUUAAAAGAGAUUCAGCCCCGAUUGGACUUCGUCGAGUACCCAAAGUAAAAUUCAUUUAUCCGUCUUUGACAAAUGUAUUAAUGUCGCACGAUGGAAUUGCUGGAGGUGGUUGCUUACCUUACGAUGGAAGAACUCACGCUAAGCAGCUUUGGCUGAAUGAACAUCUUUAUCAAUGGCGUGCAAGUACAAGAAAUCGUAAUCAUGCAAUGCCACAUAUUAAAACUUACUGUCGCUUUUCUGAACGCGGAUUGUACUGGUUUGUUUUGACAUCAGCAAAUGUUUCAAGAAGUGCUUGGGGAGUUCUAAAUAAAAGCAACAAAACCCUAAAUCCGUCGUUAAGAAUAAACUCAUUUGAAGCUGGUGUUGUUUUCUUUCCACGAAUUAUUUUGAAGAAAGAUCGCUUUCCAAUCCAUGAAAUGCAACAAAAAGAUGAAGAUCCUAUUUUUAAACUUCCCUAUGACAUUCCACUAGUUUCUUAUGCUAAAGACGACGUUCCAUAUUGCGCCGAAUAUUUAAAAGAUUAUCUCGCUAAAUAUGGAUCUUAAUAAUUUAUCAACUUAAAAUCGAUGUAUUUUCUUUCUUUGAUUUAAUUGCAAAAGUAUUUACAUAUGUGCAUCUGUUCGCAGUUGAUAUUAAAUUAUUCAUGAAAUAAAUAAUACUUUUCUUCAUGCUUCUCCCGAG